AUGGCGAGUGAAUCAGAUGAAUUUGACAAACACAUAGAAAAUCUUAAAAGUGAUGUGAAACAGUCGUUUGCGAGAGUGUAUACUAGUUUAAAAGCGAGAGAAUUAAAAACUUUACGUCAACUUGAUGCCAUACGUAAACAAUGCCAAGACGACAAAGACUUAAAGAGUAAUUGUGUUCAAAAUAUUCGAAUAUUUUACGAAAACGAGUCCACAUUAUUAGAUAACGUACAUAAAUAUGGAGCUAUUGACUUUGAGAAAAUUAAAUUUGAUAGCAAAACUUUUACAUUAGAGGAUUACGUGAGUCCAGAAAAUGAUCACAUGUACUCUUACAAAACCGUAGAAGAAUUAACUGAAGAGGUCAAAAGGGAGGAGUUAGAAGCUAUAGAAGAGGCUGCCUUAAUACAGGUAACUACUAAUGAAAACUGCGUUUGUUACGUAAAAAUUAAGCCAGAAGAGGUUUCGAAACAAUUUAGAGAUGUAGAAAUGAAUGUGUCACCUAAAAAGGUAUGUGAAAAUUGUCCGAGUAGCUUAAGUAGUAAUAUAGUCGAAUGUGCAGAGAGUCGAGAUAGUACAGAGGAUGAGAAAAGUGACACUUCUGAUCCAGAUGUGAAGAAAAUAGAUCCAACAGAUGAUUGGUUAAACUCAAUAAAAAGUCAGACUGAAACUGAGCCGUCACAAGUGGCAGAUGUCAUGGAACACAGUACCAUAGCUUGUGUAUAG